UUCCCGACUUCCAUAUGCUUCAUUCCCCACUUUCAAGAAGGAAAACCAAAAAGUCACAAACUCAUCACAAGAGUGCACAGUAGAGAAAAACCUCUUCAACAAAAACACCCCUUUUUAUUCACACCAAUCUUCACUCAACACUUUCAUUCAGAAUGGUUAAGUCAGAGAACAAGAUCCACCCAGAACAACCAUCAUCAUCAUCAUCAAAGCCAAUGAGACCAUUAUCAUCAUCAAGUGACAACAAGAAGAAGAAGUACAAGGGGGUGAGAAUGAGAAGCUGGGGGUCAUGGGUGUCAGAGAUUAGAGCACCAAACCAAAAGACAAGGAUAUGGUUGGGAUCUUAUUCAACUGCUGAAGCAGCAGCAAGAGCCUAUGAUGCUGCACUUCUAUGCCUCAAAGGCUCCUCAGCCAAUCUCAACUUCCCUUCUUCAAGCUCCUCCUCACAACACUAUAUCAUCCCUCAAGACACUGCCAUGAUGUCCCCAAAAUCAAUCCAAAGAGUUGCUGCUGCUGCUGCCAACAAUUUCUUGGACAAUAAUGCUAUUGCUAUUAAUAAUGCUACCACCCCACCUUCUCCUCCUCUUGCUUCAACCUCUUCUUCAUUUGUAUCGUCACCAUCAAUGUCAUCAUCAUCUCCUUUAGACCAAAUUGAUGAUGAUGUCUCUCUUCUGACACCAUUUGGGGCCUACACUACUACUACUGCUACUACUAUCUGUGACGAAACAAAUGAAUCAAUGGCCAUGAUGGAAUCUUGGUAUGACUUGGAGGGGUUGCAAUCCCCAAAGUAUGUUGAUCAAAUGCUAAGUGGGGCAUUCUUUGACAUUGAUUCAACACAGUUGCUUGAUGAUCUGUAUGAAGAAAGUGACAUUCGCUUGUGGAGUUUCUGCUGAGAGUGAUUCAUUACUUUCAAGCCAACCCAUUUUUAUUUUUUCUGCUCACAAAUUCAUAUUCGUUUGCCAGGUGGUGUUAUAUGAAGAUAUCAAUCACUGACUCACCAAAUUAUAAUUACAUAUUCUAGGGAAGAUAUCCACAAAGGAAUAGACAAUUUUUGGUCUCUCCUUUGUGGAUUUCUACAUGUGUAUUACUGAUGCAAUAUUUGUUAUGUGUAAUUUAUUAAUAGUUUUUCAUGUAUUAUUUUGUAGUAAAUGAAGGGGGGAAAAGAUGGUCUCCAAUGUCUCAGUUAAAAUCAAUUUCUUUUUUUAUUAGUUUAUAUGUUAUUAUGAAAGAAAUCUUUGGCCACUAUGAAAGGGUUUGCGAAAGUCAUUUAUUUUAACAAUUUUUAUCAGUUGUUUUUA